GGUGGUAUUACAUGAUUCAGCAAUACGACGUCGUCUCAUUUCUAUCAAUGGUUUAAGCGUGAAAUAGUCGGAGUUCUGGCCGUUAAUGGCGAGCUACAAGAUUCUCAAACGCCUCCGCCGAUCUAUUCAAGCUAACUAUCUCUCUCACAAGCGUGAUUACCACCUUCUCAACAUUCUUAACUCUAAUUCUAGCUCCGUCUCUUAUGCUCUUCCGUUUUCUUCCCACCUCGGCAAACCCAACCUCCCGUUAAAAAAUCCGUACUCGUUGUUGCUCAACUCUCGAGCUAUUACCACUCAGUCUGAAGAUGAUUCGGUGUUUGGGGAAGCUCGAGCUGUUGAUAGCCACCACUCGAUCACUGUCUCGCCCGAGUUGAUUGCAGAAUCCAAUGUUAUGGAUGAAGCUUUAUCAAUUAGCUGUGAAGAGUCAAUGCUUCCAGUUCGUCUAGUAAGCUCAAUGCUGGAUGGAUUUCAUGAAUUUAGUGGCUUGCCAUGGUGGGUAGUUAUUGCUUCCUCCACAUUGGCUCUCAGAGCUGUUCUGUUCCCUUUGCUUAUAUUUCAGCUUCAUAAGUUGAAACGAAUUGGAGAAUUGUUUAAUAAAUUGCCAUCCCCAUUUCCAGAGCCUUUAUCAGGAAAAGGUUAUAUUGAUCAUCUUUCACACUUCAUGAAGGAAAAGAAAGCCAUUGGCUGUCCCUCAUUUUUAUGGUUCCUUCCAUACGUCUGUGUCCAGGUGCCAUGCUUCUUCUUGUGGAUGACUACUGUACGAAGAAUGUCGCUGGACCAUCACCCUGGGUUCGAUUGUGGGGGUGCAUUUUGGUUCCAGAAUUUGACUGAAUUUUCUCAUGGGAUUUCAGGCUCCAUAUUCCCUGUAGUAAUUGCUGGUUUGCACUAUACCAAUGUUCAGAUUUCCUUCAGAAAAUCUGCAAUUAAAAAGGUCACCAGCCUGCUUGACUUAUUAGUAAAAUACUACAAGCACUACUUGGAUUUCUUGACACUACCUAUACUCUUAAGCUGUUAUUUUGUUCCUCAGGGAAGUCUUGUCUAUUGGGUCACAAAUAGUUCACUCACGGCUAUACAGCAAUUAUCACUCAAAAAUCCUGAUGUACUUGUAAAGUUGGGUUUAUCAGACAAGAUUACUUCUAGCUCAGCUGCACACUCUGGCAUUAGUAUUCCUCCUAUAACAACCUUAAGUGAAUCUAAAAGACUGCAAAAUGUAUUUUUGGAAGACCUCUCCCCUACACCCUCAAGAAAACCUGGAAAACAUAUGGAAGUAUCUUUGGAAGACCUAUACCCUAAGGAACUUCUUAACCUUUCCGUCCAACUAUUAUCACAACAACAUAUUGAAAGAGCAAUUCCUAUAAUGCAACUGGCACUUUCCAAGGAUCCUGAUUACACACAAUGUUUGGUUCUCAUGGGUCAGAUUCUAAUGCAGAAAGGAAUGCUUACAGAGGCGAUUGAGUAUCUGGAACGUGCUAUUUCUAAGCUCUUGCUUGCUGAAGAGCUAACAGAAGUGGAGGAAAUCGAUUAUUUAAUCUUUGCAUUGCAAAUGGCGGGGUCUCUGUAUAUUUGUCAGGGGAAACUUAAGGAAGGGCUGGUACACUUGGAAAGGAUCGGAAGGUUGAAAGAACCAGAGGACCCAAUUAGCAAAACUCACUAUUUUGAUGGAAUAUUAAAGCUUUCAAGCGCUUUAUACAAUGUGGGGCGCAGAGAUGAAGCUGCAUAUUAUCUUCGAUUAGCUGCUGCAUAUAAUCCUGCUUUCAAUAUAUAUUUGGAGCAAUGUGAAAAUGAGGAUGACUCUUUGAUCAGUGAUCUUGCCAAUAGUAGACGGCAAGAUUAUUGACUUUUACAUAUUCUCUUUUUCUCUUUAUUGCUUUGCUUAUUCUCAUUGAAUAAUCAUACUACAACUUACUAUAUUUUUUUUCUUUGAUUUAGUUUCUCAAGUAAAUAUAUGUGUGUCAGUGUGUGUGCGUGUGAGUUUCACUAUUUAAAUUUUCUAUUAAUAACAAAAAUUGCGUAUCUAUAAGUUUUCUCAAUUUUACAUUUCUAUUUUAAUUUAGUUUGUAUUAUUUUUUAAUAUUAUUUAUUUCGGUUUGAUCAAAUGAUGAGGUUAUAUACUGUGUAUUUAAUUUAUCACAGUCGGCAUGUUCAGUUAAAUCAGUGAUCACUGUUUUAUUGUUUUCAUGAACUGCUGUGCUCUGCUCAUAAUAUUCUUUUAAAAUCUAAAAAUUUCUGCCACGUAAUUAUCUAUUCGAAGAUUAUCAAUUAUGAGAUUGCAAAACAAACCUCUUUGCAGCAAAAAGAGAUUGCAAAACCUCUAAAGCACAAGCGAAUUAAAUCCGUCUAUUUUUAUUAAAUAAAAAAAGUGGUGUUUUGUUAAAUUUGGAAAGAAAAGUCUUAUAUUUAUAUCAGGUGUGAUAGAUUUUAAUUAUUUAGUACUUUAAAAAUAUCAUAAAUUAUUAACAAGUGCUUGUUGACUUGUGAUAAUAUAGUAGCAAAACAAGUCUUACUUUUCUUCUUCUUCAAUCUGUGUUUCCUUCUCAUUACUCUCCUCAGAUUCUAAUGCUCUGUUUCGUUAGUAACUAAAAACCCUCUCCACUUAGCAAAUCUCUUGCCCCUUCGAUUGUUUAGCUUACUUUCUGGUUUCAUUGAAGAAGAAGAAAAUUUCUGCAGCUUCUACAAGUAAGUCCAAUCCACUUUGGGUUGUUUUCCAACUUAUGGCAAGAAAAAGAGCUAAAACGGCAAUAUCAAUGGCUGAGGAAGAUGAUGGAUUUUCGAAACUACCUGAUGCAAUCAUCCAACACAUCUUGUCAUUUCUACCCACUGUGGAUGUCGUUCGUACAAGCCUCCUAACAAAGCGUUGGAAGCUCAUGUGGUACUCAGUCCCCACACUCAUUUUCUCUGAUGCUACAACUGAUUUUCAAUCGUCACAGGCCGUAGAAAAUUUCUACAAGUAUGUCGAUAAUUGUUUGAUAUGCCGCAAGAGAGGUAUGAAUUUUAUGGUGGAUACAGCCAUAGCUAGUUUCAAGCUUCAGAUGAAGAAUUCCUAUCAUACAAGCAAAGCCACUUACCUAGAUAAAUGGUUAGAAUUUUUAGUUAAAAACAAAGUCAAGGAAAUAAAUCUUCAAUUGGGUUUUGCCUUUGAUCGUGCUUUGAGUUGUUACAGCUUACCUAUAUCAGUACUCAACACUAGAGAUUUGACUGUUUUAGAGUUGGAUAGGUUAGAUUUGAACACUGCUUAUUCAAUUAGACUUCCUGCAUUGAAAACUUUGUCAUUGAAAAAUGUUUACUUUGAAGAUAAUUUGAAGGAUGAUGCAAUAUUUAAGUUAUUGCUGGGUUGCCCUUCCCUUGAGACAUUGUUGUUAAGUUUGUGUGAUAACUUAGUUCCUCUUGGUUAUCCGCUCUGCUUGCAAAGUUUUAGCCUGAAGUGGCUGAAAAUUAAAUAUCUUGCCUUUGUACCACCUCUUCAAGUCGAAGCCAUAAAUCUUGAAUCUUUGGUAGUAAAUGGAUUCAUCUUUAAAGAUACAAAUCUCUUUGCAUGCAAGAGAAUUAGAAAUCUCUCACUAACUUUUGAUCAUUGUAGUGAAGAAGACCCAUCUAAAUCAUUAGAGUGUCUCAUUUCAACCCUUCCACUCCUUGAGAAUUUGACUUUGAAGGACUGUUACAAAGUGAAGUUAGAACACAUUAAAAUUUCGAAUCAGCAGUUGAAAAGUUUCAAUUUGAAGAAUAGGUGUACUAAAUAUGAUUAUGGGAUGAACAUUAUAAUUGAAUUUGCUCCAAAAUUAGAAUCCUUCAGUUAUGAAGGCCAUACCAACUUUGGCAUAUCAAUGGAGUCUUCUAAUUUGUUGAAUGGAAAAUUUGUGAUUCAUAAUCUGCAUGAGAACUAUGACGCAAAUGGAUUUAUCAGUAUGAUGAAUUUCCUUUUGAAUCUCAAUUGCUCUUGGAAUAUUGUGACUUUGCAUGUUCCUUCAUUUAAGGUUCUCAUAAUGCCUGAAUAUUUGAAGAGGAUAUGUCACUCUUCUUUACUUAAUUGGAAGCAUCUCAAAAUUAACUCUGAUUGUAAGUUGGUCAGAGAAUCGGACUUAAAAGAUAACUUGUUGCGAAUAUCAUCAUCUUUAGAAACAUUAUAUAUUAAUGAAAAAGACAUAUUGUAGUUGUAACUGCUGAUUAUAAGGAGUAAUGAUUAUUUAUAUUUUUCAUUA